UCGUUCCCCAUUGGCCGAGCGCUGCGGGGCGCGGCGGCGCCGCGGGCGCUGAUUGGCGGUCGGGCGCGCAGGGGCCGUGCGCGCGGUCAGCAUGGCGGCACCGGCGCGGCGGAGCGUCGUGUUCGUGACCGGCAACGCCAAGAAACUGGAGGAGGUCACGCAGAUCCUCGGGGACUCCUCUCCCUACACGCUGGUGGCAAAGAAAAUUGACCUGCCCGAGUACCAGGGGGAACCAGACGAGAUCUCGGUGCAGAAGUGCCGCGAAGCCGCCCGGCAGGUUCAGGGACCUGUUAUAGUAGAGGACACCUGCUUGUGCUUCAACGCCCUGGGGGGGCUCCCGGGACCCUACAUAAAAUGGUUCCUGGAGAAACUCAAGCCAGAAGGCCUGUACAAGCUGCUGGCUGGCUUUGAGGACAAGUCUGCCUACGCGCUCUGCACCUUCGCCUUCAGCAGCGGGAACCCGGAGGAGCCAGUGAGGCUCUUCAAAGGCCAGACCCACGGAGUGAUAGUGGAGCCCAGGGGCCCUCGGGAUUUUGGCUGGGAUCCCUGCUUUCAGCCAAAUGGCUACAACCAGACCUACGCUGAAAUGCCCAAGGCAGUGAAGAACUCCAUCUCACACCGGUACAGGGCGCUGAGCGAGCUCUCUGCCUUCUUCAUUCAGAGCAGCUCGCCAGAGCCCCGCCCCGCUCCCAGCUAGCGCCCGAGCCGCGGGCUCACACAGCCGCACAGGAUCCCUGGGGUCGGAAAGGGCCUCUGGAGAUGCCCCGGUCCAAGCCCCCGCCGCGGCAGCGGUGUGCAUGUCACACGCAGCGCCGGCAGAGCCUCCCUCCGCCGCGGGAUGCCAUUAAAGCUGCUCCUUCUGAAC